AUAAAUAAAAUUAUUUAUUAAUAUUAUGAAUGUAUAACAACACACGUAAUUAAGAUUACUCUAAUUAAUACAGCCAGUUUAUCUUUCAAUGCUACUAUUCCUCUAAAUUUCAAAGAACCAAUCCACAUGAUCAAUUGUAAAAUAAUGAAAUAGCGUAAUUCUAAAUUCAGUUUCAAAACGCAAACAAAAAAAAAAGAAAAUAAAUCUCAAACCCAGUGGUAUAAAUAUUCAAGACAUGAACAGGUUAAAAGAAGAAAACAAACAUCAUCAUACAUCACUCACCAUCAUCGUCCAAAACAUGGAUGCUACAACAUGUUAUGAUUUUUCUUCAUUGCAAUCUCUUCAAUAUCUACUUGAGCUUGAACAUGGUUCCACACACUUGGACUCUAAUGGCAUGGAAAAUAUCAUUGAUGAGAAGAAAGUGUCUGGAAGAGAGCAGCCUAGGGAAGCGCGUGAAGUUCACGCGCCUCCCCAAUGGAAGCGAUAUAGGGGUGUGAGACGGCGGCCGUGGGGGAAGUUCGCGGCGGAGAUAAGAGAUCCAAAGAAAAAUGGAGCUAGGGUUUGGCUUGGGACUUAUGUAACUGAAGAAGAAGCAGGUUUAGCUUAUGAUAGAGCAGCUUUCAAAAUACAUGGAAGUAAAGCUAAGUUAAAUUUUCCUAAUUCUUUUGGUGGUGAUGUAUUAUCAUCAUCAGAGCCAUUGAAAAAAAUAGAAACAAGCAAGAAAAAGAAAACUUUAGUUCAUUUGUUGAAUAAGUUGGCGAAGAACAAAAAAAGAGCUGGGUUUAAAAGUUCUGAGAUUUUAGAUCAAAUUUGUUCUUGGGAGUUAAUCUAAAUGUUCUAUCUUUAUAUAUGAAAUUUUCAGAUUCCAGAAUACAAAUCACAAAA